UGUCAGGACGCAGCGCAGCCUGCCUCCGAAAAGUCAUCCUUCCCUUUGUCAAACCUACCAUUUGUACCUUUACUUCAAGGUUCUUUUCUCUUCUUCAACCCUCAUUUAUUUCCAACACCUCUUCAACCUUAUAGCACCCAGAACACACCUCAGUGACUGGCCACACUCUCGGAUUGAGGUCGACUGCGCAGCCCAGUCUUGUUCCCCUCUCCUGCGUCUGCUCACCAUGUCUACCCCCAACUCAUCCCUCCGCCAACGGCCGGGCAAGGAAAAGUCCAAGGGCCUUGCUAAUGGCUCCAAAUCCUCAGACGAAUUCUUGGACAUCAAGUAUCGACAAAUCCAGGAGGAACAGGCUCCAAAAGACUUGGAUUACAAGAUUGCCCUUGCUGUCAUCACCAUUCUCGCCUUCGUCACCAGGUUCAUUGGCAUUAGCCAUCCUGACGAGGUGGUCUUUGACGAAGUACACUUUGGAAAGUUUGCUUCGUAUUACCUGCAACGUACCUACUUCUUCGAUGUCCACCCUCCUUUCGGCAAGCUGCUCUUUGCCUUUAUCGGCUGGGUCGUCGGCUAUGAUGGCCACUUCCUCUUCGACAAUAUCGGCGAGUCAUAUAUCGCUAACAACGUCGACUAUGUUGCUUUUCGCUCCGUCCCGGCCUUCCUCGGCGCACUCACCGUCGUCGUGGUGUACAUGAUCAUGUGGGAAUCAGGCUACUCCUUGCCCGCCUGCAUUUUGGCCUCGGGCUUGAUCCUAUUUGACAACUCUCACGUUGGCCAAACUCGCUUGAUCCUGCUUGACGCUACUCUGGUCUUUUUCAUGUCUUUGAGUGUAUACUCCUACAUCAGGUUCUAUAAGCAGCGACAUGAACCCUUUGGACGCAAAUGGUGGAAGUGGUUGCUGUUGACCGGCUUCAAUAUGAGCUGUGUCAUCUCAACCAAGUACGUUGGUACCUUUAUAUUUGUCACCAUCGGCUGGGCCGUCCUCAUUGACCUGUGGGACUUGCUCAACGUCGAUCGCAAAGGUGGUGCCAUUGACCUGGUUACCUUCGGCAAACACUUUGCUGCUCGCGCCGUUGGCCUGAUCAUCAUCCCCUUUUUCUUCUACCUCUUCUGGUUCCAGGUACACUUUGCAGUCUUGACUCGUUCAGGUCCCGGAGACGACUUCAUGACCCCCGAGUUCCAGGAAACUCUGAGCGAUAACCUCAUGCAUCAAGCCUCUAUUGAUAUUCUUUAUGGCGACAACAUUGUUCUACGUCACAAGGAUACAAAGACCUAUCUCCAUAGUCACCCCGACAAAUAUCCUCUCAGAUAUGAUGAUGGCCGUAUCUCAAGCCAAGGUCAACAGGUCACGGGCUAUCCUUUCAACGACACCAACAAUGAAUGGCAGAUUCUUCCCAACACUCCGCUCCCUGACGAGACAGUAUUCGGGACUCCCGUCAAAAACGGCGACGUGGUCAAACUUCGACAUGUUGUCACCAAUACCAUGCUCCUGACUCAUGACGUUGCCUCGCCAGGGUUUCCCACAAACCAAGAGUUUACCACCGUCUCCAUCGAUGAUGCUGCGGCCCGUCGGCACAAUGACACUCUGUUUGAGAUCAAACUCGAACAAGGAAAGAAGGCGGCGCCAUUCAAGUCCAAGUCGGGCCAGUUCAAGUUGAUUCACUUUCCAAGCAAGGUGGCCAUGUGGACCCACACCUCUCCCCUUCCAGAAUGGGCGUUCAAGCAAGCCGAGAUCAACGGAAACAAGAAUUCACAACAGUCAAGCAACAUCUGGUAUGUUGACGACAUCCCCAGCAUUCCUGCAGAUUCGCCUCGUCUGCACAAAGAGGCCAAGAAGAUCAAGACGCUUCCGUUCCUGGUCAAGUACUUUGAGCUUCAACGCGCCAUGUUCUUUCAUAACAAUGCCUUGACCGCCAGUCACCCGUACGCCUCACAGCCUUUCGAGUGGCCCUUCUUGCUUCGCGGAGUGAGCUUCUGGACCCAAGAAAGCACGAAACAGCAAAUCUACUUCCUGGGGAACCCUAUUGGAUAUUGGAUCACCUCCGCUCUUCUCGCCGUUCUUGCCGGUGUUCUGGGGGCGGAUCAAUUGAGCCUGAGACGUGGAGUUGAUGCUCUAGACCGCCGUAAGUUGAUCUUUCACCCAGACAACCCUCUUACUAAUUUUCUUUUGCUAGGAACUCGCUCGCGGUUGUACAACAGCACUGGCUUCUUCUUUAUCUGCUGGGCAGCACACUAUUUCCCCUUCUAUUUGAUGGGUCGUCAGCUUUUCUUGCAUCAUUACCUUCCGGCACAUCUUGCCUCGUGCCUCGUCACUGGUGCUCUUGUCGAAUUCAUUUUCAGCGUGGAUCCUCAGCUUGACGAGGAAACAGCCGCCUCGAUCAAUGCAAAGAAGGACAAAGCAGCGAGCAAAUUGCCUGAGAAGGCAAGACGAGCCUUCCAUAAAGGCAAGGGCAGUCUCCUCGGCACCUGGAUCGCCACGAUUGUCAUUCUCAGCGUCGUCUUGUACGGGUUUUAUUUCUUUUCCCCUCUGACUUACGGCUGGCCGGGUCUUACCCCUCAACAAGUCAACGCCAGGAAAUGGCUCUUCUACGAGCUGCACUUCGCCAAAUGAGUAGCGAAAGCAGCGAUUAUGCAACGCUGCAUGCAUGUGACAGACGUGCAUGCAGUGCGCCAAGCGUCCAUUUCGACAGUUCUGACAUUCAAGGCGGCGGCAAAUGGACAAAUUUUCCAGAAGCGGCCAUGCUAUCGGAUGUUGGUUGGCAAACGCUGGCGUGCAUGUGGCCUUAUCAUAGGUGAUCUCAGAUUAUGCAAGGCUUGACGUGCGGUAAUCACAUCACUAUUAUGGAGAAGAGGAAAUUGCGGGGGAAAAAUAACCUCUGGAUUGUAUCUCCCGAUUUAGCGAUAUGUUGCAACUUGGGUGGCGAUCAAGUUGAAGAUGGUCAGACCCUGAUGACUCGAUUGUCAGACAUCAGGCGGAGACCAUGGGAAAAUGUAGUGCGUGUUAUCUGUUUGUAUAAAAGUGAAUCAUGACUCAUUUUAGAGACUAGUGUCAAGACCGUGAACAGAAAAAUGGAAUGCAC